AUGGAUAAAUUCUUAUUUACGUUUUUCGUUUCGCUAAGUUGCGUUUUAUUUGCUACUGGACAAGAAGUAGAUACGUACGAUUUCCUGAUGCCAAAUGUUUGGCCACACAGGGACGAACUCUAUUUAUGCACGCCGAUUAGGAUUUCACCCCAUAGCAAUUAUUACAUAGUGGGGUUCGAACCUAAUGCCACCAUGCACACUGCUCAUCACAUGCUGCUCUAUGGAUGUACUGACCCUGGAUCCAAUGAAUCCGUCUGGAGUUGCGGUGAAAUGCAGAGUAACGAAGUCGACGACAUAUACAACACUGCUAGUCCAUGUCGCUCCGGGUCUCAGAUAGUGUACGCAUGGGCUCGAGACGCACCAAGCCUUCAUUUGCCCAAAGACGUUGGUUUCCUCAUAGGCAAAGACUCCCCUAUCAAGUACUUGGUGUUACAAGUACAUUACAUGCACCGCUUUCCAGAGGACAAGACGGAUGAUUCCGGCGUUUUCCUUAAGUACACCAAGACACGCAUGCCCCGCCAAGCUGGAGUAAUUCUUUUAGGCACAAGUGGAGUGAUACCACCGCGCAGAAUCGAACAUAUGGAGACGGCGUGUGACAUCAACGAGGACAAAGUCAUUCAUCCCUUUGCCUUUAGGACACAUACACACGCUCUAGGCAAACUAGUAACUGGCUAUGUAGUCCGCCAAGAUCAAAGCGGUGAUGUCUGGACGCUAUUGGGCAAGAAGAAUCCUCAGCUACCUCAAAUGUUUUACCCCGUGCUCGACACUAAACCAAUACGAAGAGAUGAUGUUCUAGCUGCUAGAUGCAUUAUGAACAAUACCAAUGAUUAUCCAGUUAGGAUCGGCGCCACCAACAAGGAUGAAAUGUGCAACUUCUACUUAAUGUACUGGGUGGAGAAUGACACUCCCUUGGAGAAGAAAUACUGUUUCUCUGCGGGGCCUCCGUAUUACUAUUGGACCAGAGCUCGUGAGAACUUGAACAAUAUCCCUGUCAGCUCACUAUAG